GUUCUCCUUCAUAACACCACCAGAUUAUUUGCACACCCAUACUGUCUGGAUAUCCCUGUCAAAUCUCAUCUAUCCCACAGUGAGGAAGUGGUCUGGACAAGAGUAGAUUGUCGUGAUGAUGAGAGGACCCCACGAGUGUCUGUUAGCUUUAGCCUUAGCUGCUUCUGCUGGGCCACAUUAUUGAUGGAGCUCUGGGGUGCAUGAGGACCCUUCUCUCUGCUACAGCCUGAAGUGACUCUGCCAAAGCUGGGACCAUGUCUGGAGGUUACGACGAGACUGCGAGUCAGGAGGAGACCAGCGACAGCUUCUGGGAGGUUGGAAACUACAAGCGAACAGUAAAGAGAAUCGACGAUGGUCACAGGCUCUGCAAUGACCUCAUGAAUUGUAUUCAGGAGCGUGCCAAAAUAGAGAAGGCCUAUGCACAGCAGCUAACUGAAUGGUCUAAAAGAUGGAGACUGCUGGUAGAAAAGGGUCCGCAGUAUGGCACCGUGGAGCGCGCCUGGGUAGGAGUGAUGGCAGAGGCAGAGAAGGUCAGCGAGCUUCACCAGGAAGUGAAAAACAACCUUAUCAAUGAGGAUUUUGAAAAAGUGAAAAACUGGCAAAAAGACUCCUAUCACAAGCAAAUGAUGGGCGGAUUCAAGGAAACCAAAGAGGCAGACGAGGGCUUUAAAAAGGCCCAGAAACCCUGGGCCAAGAAGCUCAAAGAGUUAGAAACUGCCAAGAAAUCCUACCAUAUGGCCUGCAAAGAGGAAAAGCUGGCAUCCACAAGAGAGGCCAACAGUAAAGGAGAGGCCUCAGUCACAGCCGACCAGCAGAAGAAACUUCAAGAGAAAGUGGAAAAAUGUAAACAAGAUUCACAGAAGGCCAAGGACAAGUAUGAGAAAGCUCUGGAUGAGCUGAACAAGUGCACACCUCAGUACAUGGAGAACAUGGAGCAGGUGUUUGGACAGUGUCAGCAAUUUGAGGAGAAGAGACUGGCCUUCAUCAGGGAAGUGCUACUAGACGUCAAACGACAUCUCAACCUCACAGAGAACCAAAGUUAUUCUACAGUCUAUCGUGACCUUGAACGCACUAUUACAUCAGCAAGCCCACAAGAAGAUCUGAAGUGGUUUAGUAGUAACCAUGGUCCUGACAUGCAUAUGAACUGGCCACAGUUUGAGGAGUACAACCCAGACUUGACCCACAGCAUCACAAAGAAGGAGAAAUCAAAGAAAGGCACUGAUGGUGUCACUCUUACAAAUGUCUCACAUGGAGUGAACCAUGCUCAGGCAGGAGACAGAGGAAGCGUUAGCAGUUAUGAGAAGAACCAGGCGUACACAGGCUCCACUGAGUGGUCAGACGAGGACCAGACAGCCCCUAACUCUGGUAACGACACAAACGGAGGAACAAACCCGUUUGAUGAGGACGUGAGCAAAGGAGUGAGGGUCCGAGCGCUGUACGACUACGAGGGUCAAGAGCAGGAUGAGCUGAGCUUCAAAGCAGGUGAUGAGCUGACGAAGCUGGAGGAUGAGGAUGAACAGGGUUGGUGUAAAGGUCGUCUAGACAGCGGUCAGCAGGGUCUUUAUCCAGCCAACUACGUGGAGUUGAUCUGACCCUACUGUUGAGAAAGGACUGAAGCCUCCAGUGACACUGCACAUUGCCAGGGACUUGACUGCAGAACCUCCUCUUCUGUCCAGCACAGUGAGCUGUCUUCACAUCUCACACAAGAACACAUUGUAUUUGAGGGCAUCUUCAAAUACUGCAGCUUAAACUAAUUGAAUUUGUGUGUAGCUGUAUUGAAUUUACAUAUGCCAUAUCUUUGUAUUGUUUUAGCAUUUGAUGGAUAUGGUAUUGUUCCUGGAUAGCAAGAAAGAGCUAUGCAUUUUGCCUUCAUGUAUAUAUUUGCAUUUUUUAACAGUUCAGAUGCUGUACAGU